CUGCAUACAGAGAUUUCCCACUGCUAUUAUCAGUCAGUGGACACAAUUUGAACUGUAAAUAUGCCAGUGCGGAAGAAAUCUUGUUCGCAAGAUUUUGUAGAUUUGAUCUAUAAAAUUGCUGAUAUCUUUAAUCUGAAUCAUAUUCAGUACGUUGUUGAGUUUGGAACUGAAGAUGUUGACAGUUUUUAUAGUGGACUAUAUAAAGUGCAGAUACGAGGGUAUAGCGGAGGGCAAAAAAUUAAACAAACUGUCGUGAUAAAGUGGCAUCCUGAUCAAAAGUUGCGUGUUUAUUACAGGGAGUCGUACAAACGUGAAUACGUCGUCUAUCGAAAUCUUGUGCCGAAAUUUUUAGAAAUUCAAAGAGACUUUAAAAUUAUCGAAGGACUAAAAAUUAAAUUUCCAAAUUGCAUUUUUGCUUCUACUGACGUCGAUAAGGAAACUAUUGCUAUCGUCGGACUACAAGAAAGCGGUUUUAGAUUUCACGACAGAUUCCAUAAGCUAGAUUUUGCUCACGCAUCGCUUGUCAUGAAAUACUUGGCAAAAUUUCAUGCACUGUCUUUUAUAUUGGCUAAAAAGUAUCCGAGAGAAUUUGAAGAGAUAAGAAACUUGUUCCAUAAAGACGUUCAAUAUUGUGAUCCGAGCCAUGUAUCUAAGAAUUUGGAAUUUUACUAUGAUGCUUCAGUAAACGUCGUAUCUGAUCCAGUGGCUAAGGAGAAACUAAAGGCGCUUGGUUCAGACAUCUUAUCAGUGCUUAAUAAAUGCACGUUGCCAGUUCCACGCUACAGUACUUUUUGUCACGCAGAUUGCUGGAAUAAUAACGUUCUUUACAAAUACAAAGGAAACAGACCAGUGGAUACGAUUUUAAUUGAUUAUCAACUGGCAAGAUACGCUUCUCCGGUCACUGAUAUAUCUUACUUUUUGUACAUGUCGACCGAUAAGGAAUUCCUUAAUAAUUACUACGAUCAAAUACUAGAAGUAUAUUAUGGGACAUUAGCAGCUAUGUUGAGACAGUGUGAUUUAGAUGUAAAUGAGGUAUUUCCUAGAAAUAUUUUCCAGAAACAUCUAAAAGAAUAUUCAGUGCUAGGUUUAAUUGAAGCGUUAGUAGCCAUGAUGAUCAUCACAGCUCCUAAUGAUGAUGCAAUUAAAAUGGCUGAAAUGAUACAUCAAAGAAACCAUGACAGUAUUGAAUGUGAGAAUAAACAUCAUUACGAAGACGCUUUGUUUGUUGAAAGAGUUAAUGGAGUGGUCAAUAAUUUUUUCGAUAGAAAUUAUUCUUUAGAUUCUGUGUUGAACAAUAAAGUUGUGUAAACUAAAA